ACUCUAUUUGGAGGGAGUACUCUAUAAUUUUUUGAUCUGUUCUCGUGGCGUGUCGUAGCACUUCAAUACUCCUAUCUUGCAGGUGGCAUUAGAUCUCCGUUCUCGUUUUCUAAACCGACUCCGGCGAUGCCGCUUGACGGUUCGGGAAGAUCAGAAAAGCUUCUCCAAUUAGCCAAACGAAUCCGCCUCGAAAAUCGCAAUCAAAAUCCUGACGCCAACGUCACUGUCAGCAAUUCAAGAGCUCAUGAAUCUCAAUCUGCAGCUGAACCGAUCGAGCGCAAUAGAGCUGCAGUUUUGAUUUGUUUGUUUGAAGAUGAGAGCGGUGAUCUUCGCGUGAUUCUCACUAGGAGAUCUUCAAAAUUAUCAUCUCAUUCCGGUGAAGUUGCUUUGCCUGGAGGGAAAAGGGGUGAAAAUGAUAGCGAUGAUGCUGCUACGGCGUUGAGGGAGGCUCAUGAGGAAAUUGGAUUGGAUCCUUCUAUGGUGGAAAUUGUAGCUGCUCUUGAACCUUUUCACACUAGGAUAAAUAUUGCUGUAGUUCCAGUGAUAGGGGUGAUUUGGGAUAAGACGGCCUUCGAACCUACCCUGAAUGCAGCUGAAGUGGAGUCUGUAUUCGAUGCUCCACUGGAAAUGUUUCUCAAGGAUGAGAAUCGGAGACAAGAGGAGCAAGAAUGGAAGGGUCACAAAUAUUUUCGUCAUUUCUUUGAUCAUCGAAUCGAGAAUGAGACAUAUGUAAUAUGGGCCCUGACUGCUGGAAUUUUGAUCAAGGUUGCAUCUGUUGUUUACCAACGGCCACCGUCUUUUGAAGAGCGCCGGCCUCCAUUCUGGAGUAUACGCAACUGAUGAAGAUACCUGUCCGGAUGUUGCUAUUUGUGACGGAGUCUGAUCUAAAAGGGUCAGAGCCAAUUUGGUCAUGCCCGUUACGAACUCUUCCUGGCUGAUACCUCCAUCACCGGAGGUGUCAAAAUAUGUUGCGAUUUCGUCCAAAACAAGGUUUGUGCUGAUGUCGUCGUCGUCCAUCUUUACUCCUAAGACCAAGACUCUGAUUUCUGCUGGUGUUACUGAUUCAGUGUUGUCCUUACCAAUUUUGUUGAACAACCUGUUUAGUAUGUGUCUGGAUUAGUGAACUGUCACGACCAAUAAACGACGAAAAUUAAUGCAAUAUAUGCAUAAACUUACCUUUGUAUCUUCGCAA